AUGUCGCGAAAUGCAGCAGCUUCUGUCCUCCGAAGGGCUCUCCUCUAUGUGCCCUCAUCUUCACCCAAGUUUUUAGAGAAAUCCCGAGGGCUGAAGGUUGAUACUGUUGCGUAUGAUCUGGAAGAUUCGGUGACAUUGGGGAAUAAGGAGAUGGCAAGGAAAAAUAUUGUGGAUUUUCUCAAGGGUAACAGACCGAAAGAUGUAGGAGAAUUGGCUGUACGAAUCAAUUCCGUUUCAUCAGGCCUCGCUCUACAAGAUCUCACUCAAGUCCUCAAGAGUCAACACCUUGACACUCUCGUAGUACCCAAAGUAAACUCGGCUUCCGAUCUCCACUUCAUAAAUGAUAUUCUUCGUCAUACUCUUCCCUCACGACAUCCAUCUACUCCAUCGUCUUCUUCCAACCCAGUCAAGAUACUCGCUCUCAUAGAAUCCGCACAAUCUCUCAUAAAUCUCUCAUCAAUCUGUCAAGCAUCUCCCUACCUACAUGGCCUAAUAUUCGCCGCGGAGGAUUUCUCUUUGGAUUUAAGCAUUACAAGAACGCCUAGUCUUGACGAAUUUCUAUACGCGAGAAGUCACAUAGCAACAUGUGCACGAGCAUUUGAUAUCCCAUCGACCAUUGAUUUAGUGUGUACAUCAUAUAGGGGAAGUGAGGGACUAGCUCGUUUGGAAGAAGAAUCUCUUCAGGGAAAGGGUUUAGGGUUCAAUGGAAAACAAUGUAUACAUCCUUCCCAAGUGGAUAUUGUUCAAAAAGCAUUUGCACCGGGAGAGAAAGAAGUCGAGUGGAGUGUACGAGUGGUCAUUGCGGAUGAAAAGGCGGAGAAGAAGGGGAAAGGAGCAUGGACAUUGGACAACAAAAUGAUUGAUGCGCCAGUUACAGGAAAGGCAAGAGAGGUAGUUAGGAGAGCAGAAUUAUGCGGCUUUGAUGUUGAAGCUAUGAGGGAAAAGUGGAAGGGCCAGGAACCUGAAUGA